GCACUUUGACAGUCUCUGGUGUUUAUAACUCGAAGCCUGAACUACAUCCCCCGACAUGCUUAUCCUGUGGGCGGAGCCAAACAUGGCUCGCCGGAAGUCACGUGCUAGGGCCAGCACCAAUCGCGUUUGAAUGUGUUCCUUCUCUUUUUUUUUUUAUUAUUUUCUCCUCUCCUCCUUCUCUUGCCUGCCAGCGGCUGCUGUGCAGUCACAUCCAUCUAAAAUGGCGACCGUGGAACCGGUGAGUGAAUGCGUGAUCUGACUAGAUCUAAUAAAGUCGCUGGCAGGGGCUGUGAUAUCGCGGGAUGAGUGUCUAUAAAGGGGAUAUUGAGGGCGGGGGAGGGAUUGGAGCCGCCUGGUGUGAGGGAGAAGCGGCCGGCCGGUGUGUGACAUGAAGCAGACGGCAGCACUCUGCCACACUCUCCGCCUCGCUGGCGGCUCUCAUUAUACAAAGAGGGGGGAGGCGCGCGGUGCGGCCGCUGCUCACACAGAACCCUCCGGCUCGGUUCGAUCUCUCGCUGAGGGCGUUCGGGAGAAGGUUGUAGUUCGAUGGGGCCCCGUGCCGAGGACAGCCGCGCGCGCGCCCCCAUCCCCUCCCCCUACCUCCUCGAGCCCUCCGUCUACUAACUACGGACUAGUGGGCGCGCGUGCGUGUAUGUGAGCGCAAGAGAGCUGGUCACGCGGGCGGCAGUUGAGAGAGGGCCGCGUGGCGGAGCAGGCAGACGGUUUGAGGAGGUGGGGGGAGUUCUGUACUUGGAAUGUUUGCUUUCCCAAGCAGAGUGGGUGCUGAGUUAGCGUUCAGACCUGGCUACACGGUUACAAUAGAUCGCACGGCCCGGCCCCCUCCCCUCACACUGUCUGUGUUCGAUUGAUAAGUUAGAGGUCGCUAGUGAUGGCUCAGGCUUCCUGCUAUCUCCUUCCGCCCCAGCUCGCUCAUUCAGAAAAGUAACUCCAUGUGCUGUGCGUGCUGCCACUUCCUUAUCCCACCAGAGAUCGGCUCUCCCCGACUAAGGCCUCACAAUGAAUGACUUGGACAAUGUGAGUUCUGCAAGAAACCAUGUUUAAAGUCAUGACACCGGAUUUCUAUUAUAAUAAUUAUUAUUAUUUUUUUUUUUUUUUAAACUACGUACCUCUAACAUAUGGGCCGGGGGGGGCAUCGUUGAUGGGGUGUAUUGAAGGAGGGGGUGGUUCUUCGUCGUUCUAUGCCUAUAAUUGGUUUCAUGUGCACUCUAAAUAUUGUUUACCAACAAACCUCCUUGGAAUUUGGAGACGAAAUCUUUUUGUGUAUUCGAAAUGUUUUGAAUAGGCGCAGCAGCAUGAAGCUAUAAUGUUUCUGCAUUUAUGCACGGUUUUAUGGCUUUUGUUUAGUAAGGAACACUCCAGACCAUCCAGCUUGCUGUAGUGCUUUGUGUGAUGAGGGUGAUUUUAUUUUAGCGAGCGUGCAGAUUUCAUUAGAAGUUACUAAUUUUAUAAAUGCAUCAUGAUAGUCCAUUUACUACUGCCUGUUUAUUUUAAUUUUUUUUGCCAACUCAAGUGGUAAACUGUCCAUAGCACCAUCCUUGCAAAUCAUUUUCACUAAAGGCUUAAAGGACCACUAUAGGCACCCAUACCACUUCAGCUUAAUGAAGUGGUCUGAGUGCCAGGUCCAGCUAGGAUUUAAUCUGCCUGCUGUAAACAUAGCAGUUUCAGAGAAACUGUUUACAAAUGGGUUAAUCCAGCCUCUAGUUGCUGUCUCAUUGACAGGCGCUUCCGUGCUUCUCACUGUGAUUUUCAGUGAGAAUGCUUUCCUAUGGACUGGCUGCACGUGCGGCUCUUGCCGCUCAUGCACAUUCAGCUGAUGACGACCGGAGGAGUCCCCAGCGCCGAGGGAGCCCGGCGCUGGAGAAAGGUGAGUGUUUAAUCCCCUUCAACCCGGCGGGUGGGGGCACCCUGAGGGCACUAUAGUGGUACUUUAAGGCAACACCUUGGGGGGUCGGAGAGGCUUUUCUGUUUUAAAUUGACCAGUGGGAGUGGCAUUGACGGAGGGAAGAUGUUAUUUUACUAAUUUCUUUAAAGGGGUACUAUAGUACCAGGAAUACAUAGCUGUAUUCCUGGCACUAUCGCUGACCCUCCCUCUGUCACGCAGUUUCUCUGGAACUGCAAUGUUUAACACUGGAGCACUAAGGUCAAUAGGGACACAGUACCCAGACCACUUUAAUCAGAUGAAGUGGUCUGGGUGCCUACAGUGUCCCUUUAACGGCAGAGGAGAAAGCUAGAUUCCCUUUGCAGGUGUUAAAACAGAUCACUUUUAAUGCAUAUGAUUGACAUUGGUAGGCCGGAAAACCCAUUGGAAACCCACAGAGUCAGGGCUGGUAUAGAAGGGGAGAACUUCCCAAGCCUCAAGGGGGGAGAUCUGCAGUUUUUGCAAGCUGUUUUCAGAUAUGUCCACAAUGAAAAAUAUGUAUAUUAAAUGCAAGUAUGUUUUAAUUGGGCAUAUAAUCUAUUUGAGUGUUUUUUUGGGGGGAUGGGGGGUGUUUAACACUUUUUUCAUUAAGAAUUUACCUCUUACUGUGUUAGCAUGCAACAGGCUCAUGUGUAUGAUUAAAGCUCAAUUAAAGCAGGACAUAAGAACCUCUAAAGUAAAUGUGCUGUGAAGAUUUGAGAGUCCCAGUCAGCAGGGGAUUGGCUAGGGCUGCAUAAACAGUGCUUUAACUCCUAAUUGUCACAAAAGUGAACUGUGAGACUGCAGGGGCAUGAUUAUAUAUACUAGUAUCAUUUUAAACAUGACUAUUUUCAGUCUAGAUUUCACUUGCUCUGUGGCAGCAGACAUCUUUAGUUCUUAUUGUCAGAACAUGUAUUUCCCUAGACCACGUUUAACCCCUUAAGGACCAAACUCCUGGAAUAAAAGGGAAUCAUGACAUGUCACACAUGUCAUGUGUCCUUAAGGGGUUAAAGGACCACUUUGGGGACCAGAGCAACUUCUUUGCAAUGAAGUUAUUAUAGUGGGUAAUUUUUUUAUCUUAAAGGAGCACUAUAGUGCCAGGAAAACAAAUGUUUUUUUGGCACUAUAGGGUCAUUAGGUGUCCCCCCUUUAGCCACUUACCUUUCUCCAGCACCGGGCUUUCUAUGUGCUGCUGAACUCUCCACCCCCUGCCGACGUCAGAUCCGAAUGCGCAUGCACAGCAAGAGCCGCACGGGCUUUCAAACAGCUCAUAUGUAAGCAUUACUUAAUGCUUUCCUCUGGACGUCCAGCAUCUUCUCACUGUGAUUUUCACAGUGAGAAUCUCGGAAGCGCCUCUAGCGGCUGUCAAUGAGACAGCCACUAGAGGCUGGAUUAACCCUCGGUGAAACAUAGUAGUUUCUGUGAAACUGCUAUGUUUUCAGCUGGAGGGUUACAACUAGAGGGACCUGGCACCCAGACCACUUCAUUGAGCUGAAGUGGUCUGGGUGCCUAUAGUGGUCCUUUAAGGAAUAAAACCAUUAAUGAACAGCUUACCAAAGUUUGGCACCUGAUAUAUCUGUUCGUCGGCUUCCUAUUUGAAUCCUCGAAAUUCAGAGGAGGUGAAUGAGCAAAGGGCACUGCCCUCUAGACUCUGUGGUUAGGUUAAAGGAACACCAUAGGGUCUGGAAAACAAACCUGUAUUUCUGACCCUAUAGUGUUUAAUCCAUUAUUUAGGUGACUUAGCCCCCUUAGAAAAGGUUAAAACUUACCUUAUUUCCAGCGCUGUGCGAGUCUGCUGACUAUGACCCCGCCGCCCAUCCGCCUUCUUGGUUACAUCAUAAUUUCAGAUUAUUUUUUUCUGCCAAUCAAAUGCUUUCCCCUGGGGAAAUCAUUGGAUUGGAAAAGACCCGCAGUAUGUAAGCACUAUUAGUGAUGGAACACUAAGUUUAGCUGCACUGAACCACAGUGACACAAAAAUGUAUACACAGAUAACAAUAUUACCAAACUAAGUGCAUGGGGUGAUAGGGCUCUGGUACAUGUGAGUGCUACCCCUUACUGUACACUGUACUAUUCAGAUAGUCUGCGCUAUGUUUGUCUUUAUUAUUCAUUUCCAGACUGGUUGUCACGCUUAUUUUGCUUAUAGUAAAUCAUUGGAUUGUCUUAAAUUGGCAUGGGACGGGGCCAAAUGCCAUUUUGGCUAAUCAUCACCUCAUCACAGCGAUGCAUUGGAUCAUUGCAUAUCUGUGAGGACAAUUCAGCGUCUCCAUGCAGAGUGUGGAUACGCUGAACGACACUGUGCCUCGGGAAGCCCCUUCAGUGGCCACCUGGAGGUGUCCCUAGAGGGAAAUGUAAACCACUUUAAAUCUACACAUUUGUAUACUUGAGCUUUUAAAUAUUACAAGACUUUUAGGAGACAGGGGAAGCAUGAUGGGAGCAAUGUUAAAAGAAAGCUAUGCGUCAAAAUCUAUGCUUGUUGUAUAGGUUAUAGUGCAAAGUCACUGUAUGCUUGCAAAGUUGUUAGACAGCAAUUUCCAAAAACUGAAUCUUUAAAGGGUUACUCCAACCACCAUGACAACUUCCGCUUUUAGAAGUUGUCAUGGUGGUUGGAAUAUAUAUGUAUAGCAUUUAUGCUUGAAACUGCACAUACAGAUAAUUAUGUGCAAACAGGUCUGUCUCCUUCUCCACUUGUAGGUAGUGAUUCUGGACAGCCACUAGAAGCACUUCCUGUCGUUUCACAGAGUUAUCUGAAAAGACAGUGUUUACAUAAAAUUGCAUGAAGGGAGCUAUUAUACUCACCAGAACAACUACAUUAAACUGUAGUUGUUGUGACUAUAUUAUCGCUUUAAAUAAUAUCUUAGCCAGGUUUAAACUAAUGAAUUGAUUGUUCCAGACAUAGAUGAAAGCUUUGUGUAGGAUCUGUAAAGUCUGCAUUGGUAAAUAUUUUCAAGCAGAUGUGUAAAACAUGUUUACUUAACAAGGGUGUUUGCUCAUUUAUUUAUUUUUUUUGUUUUUUUACUAUGCCUAUUUUUAAUACUAUUUGUAGGGAAUGAUAACAUUCAUUUAUCCAAGGACACACUUUUGUUGGCUGUCAGACUGGAGGCAUUUUUCUGAAAUGCACACUAUAGGCACAUAGAUCGCUUCUGAUAGAAGUGGUCUGUGUGCAGUGCCCCUAGCGUUUUGCUCUUGCAAUGUUAAACAUUGCCAUUUUUGAGAUACGACUGUGUGAAACACACCUCUAGGGGGCUGUCUCUCUGAUAGCCACUAUAUGGUGCUUCUACACCCACAACAGUCAGACUUUGUUGUUGAUGUUCAAUGUCCCGACGCAUUGUGUUAGAACGAACAUCCUUCAAUGUUUGAGAAGCAUUUUAUUGGCACCUCGCGUAUUAAGUCCACAUUGCUUCUCUGAUAGGAUUGGAGGGGCCUGUGAAUGCAGAGAAGAGGCUGUUUGGGCACUGGAUUCCAGUUAGGUAGCAGUUUAAUUUAAUUAAAUGACCACUAUAGGCACCCAGACCCCUUCAGCUCAAUGAGGGUGCCCGGUACCUCUAGUUUUAACCCUGCAGCUGAAAACCUACCAGUUUCAGAGAAACUGCUUUGUUUCACUGAGUCUAAUCUGUGAGACAGCUGCUAGAGGUGAUUCUCACUGUGAAAAUCACAGUGAGAAGACUCUGGACUUCCAUAGGAAAGCAUUGAGUAAUGCUUUCCUAUAGGCAGUUUGAAUGCGCGUGCCGUUCUUGCCGCGCAUUCGUAUCUGACGUCGGCAAAGGGUGGGAGGGACUUAAUGACCCUAUAGUGCCAGGGAAACAAGUUGGUUUUCCUGGUGCUAUAGUGGUCCUUUAACCUUUUUCACAAUGUAAUAAUAUAUAAAAAAGGUUAAAAUUGAAGAAUAAUGCUCCAAUCACCCCGUGUGUGUGUGUGUGUCACUCAAACCACAGAGUGAAACAUUAAAAGUGAACUAGAAAAGCUAUAAUUUCUGGGGAAAUUGUGUGAAGUGUUCUUGCCUCCACCAGUAGUCUACAACUGGAGUGGGCGGAGUAACUGGGUGGAGUGGCUUGAGUAACUUUAUGGAGUGGGCAAAGUAACUGUGUGGAGUGUAUGGAGUGGGCAAAGAUAGUAAACAUUACACUAAUCAAUUGAUCAAAUUUAAAAAGUGCACAUGGCAAGCUUGAUAGAGUGAGAAAUGCAUUUCAACUUUUAUUUAUUUAUAUAGCACAUUUAAUUCCAACGUUGUUGCCCAAAGUGCUUCACAGUUACAUUAAAACAUACAUUUAUAAAAACAUUAGCAGGUGUACAAAAGGCCCUGUUUAUGACAUCACUUGCUGCUGCAGCCUGACACAGGUCAGAGUAUUUUGGCGGUUGCCAUCUUCAAACGGUCGUGUCUUUAAAAACUAUAAAUCCUACAGCAAAAAGCUUUAUAUUGUGAGAAUCACAAGACCCAGACCUGAUGCAUAGUAUGUCUCUGAAGUAUUAAAAAUUAAGGCACAGUCGCAGUUUAGAAAUUGCCCUUCAAGUUUGAGCUGGCUAGAGUGAAGUUUCAAUGAAUGUAAAUGGACGGCGUGAGUUGCAAACAAAUGGUCAUAUUGUGAAAUCUAUCAGGACUAUGGCUUAGCCGUGGACAUGUGUAGUGGCAGCAGAGAUAGCUUGUGGGAGUGGUGGCAGUUUAGAAAUCAUGUCCUGAUUUUUCAGCUUUUAACAGCUCCCACUCUAGUUUUGAACAUUUUGCCAUUCAUUCCUAUGGGACCAAUUUCGCCACAAGAACGACGCUAUUCUAUGAACCAUUCUGCGAAACGUUCCACAAAGUAAUAGCAAUCCAAUCGGGAACAAUCCGCACGUUUUGGUAUAUGUUUCUGUCAAUGUAGUGUAAAAACUGUGGGGGGAGUUAGGGUGGUAAAUUUGAUAAUAAGAAUAAUAUAUAUGUGAGAACAUUAAGUGGUCUUGCUAUGCAAGAACACUUAAUAAAAUGGUAAAAAGAUUUUCUUGGUAAACUCACUUGAGAUUUUAUGACCAGUGCUUUUGUGUAAACCUAAAAUCCCUAAUACAUUUGUUGUAUCAGAUUCUUGUGAAUUCAAUGAAAAUCCAAACAGUCAAUGAGCUAAUAUGAGGAGUCUCAAAAAGAAUGUUUAGUUUAAAUGCUACAGUGCAUUUUUUUUAUAAAAAUUUAUUUUUUAGGAAACCACUGCCAAUAUUGAAACUACAGAAGAGGAGAAAACGACUGGCCAGGAGCUUGUAAACCCUGAGCACUACAUUAAACAUCCACUACAAAACAGGUAAGAAAAAACACAAUUUCCAAAAACAUUUCAUUGCUUUUAAAAUAUUUUGUCUUAAAUGAUGUCUUUAAAGGGGCACUUAAUCAUAGAUUCUACAGCUUAUUGUAGAAGCUUUGUUGCAAGGAUGCUUCCUCCAUAUUUUACCGAUUAUUUAAAACAUUUUUUAAAAAUUUUUUUGUAACUGUUUUUCAGAGACGACACCGCAGCAGCAAUUUAUUGUGAACCUCCAGUAUAUUGUCAGUUGUUUAACCAAAAAGCAAUUUAUCUAAACCAGUUUCAUUUUUACAUUCUAACGUCUACAAUAAGAUGUAGUGGUUGAAGUCUCCAUAUUCAAAGGAACACAUCAGCUACCCACUGUAGUGCUUUUGGUGCCAGGAGUUCCCGGGCACUCUCCAAAAUAAGUAGUUAAACACUUCAAGAAAUUUUUGAUAACUUGAUUCCUGCCAUUGAGCUGACUGUACAAGUUAGUACUAAUUGGAGAGUGCAUCGCUAACUGCAAGCUUCUUGCAAGAGCUUUUGGCAGCAGGUGGUUGCUUAAUCUUGUCUGAAAUUGGUAGAAGAGGGUGUGAUAUAAAUUACCUAUUGUCUAUGUAAUAUAGAAUGCACACUGCAUUCUAUAUUACAUAGAUAUUUGGAUAUUUGUAACAUUUGAUAUACUUGGUCUCUCUGUGUGCUUUUUGGUUUGUGUAUAAAUUACCCAUUGAGCAUUCGAUAAUGCAGCUGUUUCUAAAUUUACAGUUUGGUAUUAUUAAAUGUCGACCAUGAAUAUUGUGUUGAUGCUAUAGUAGUCUUUUAGUAACAAUACAAGCUUAAUCUACACUUUGUGUUGGCUAUUCGUCUAGCAUAUAUACUUGCCUAAUCUUUUUUUAAUUUUGUGUGCAUCUGCAAUCCAACAAUUACAAUAAGCCUUACCUCAAAUCAUUGUACUGAUUGAGCAUUUGCAUUAUGAUGUUGUAAAUGAUUUGUAAGUAUUUACAAAUGCACACUCGGCCACUUCACAAGAAUAAUUGUACUUUAACGCCUUAAUGACAUUGGGACGUUACAUUAUGUCUUAAUUAUAAUGGUCUUUAAUGGAACACUAUAGGGUCAGGAACACAAACAUAUAUUCCUGACCCUAUAGUGUUAAAUCCACCAUUUAGGUGGCUUGUCCCCUUAGAAAAGGUGAAAACUUGCCUUAUUUCAAUUGCAGCGCUGGCCCUGCCCCGAUCCGCCUCUUUGACAUCAUCAGAAUUGCCGAUUUUUAGCCAAUCCAAUGCUUUUUUAAUCAAUGCAUCUCUGAGGAAAAUUCAAAGUCUCCAUGCAGAGCGUGGAGACGCUUGAACGCAGUGCUGUCUACUAUGCAGCACUUCUCCAAGAAGGAUCUCCAGUGGUCAUCAGAGAAGUGGCCACUUGGAGGUGUACCUAGAGGCAGUGUAAACACUGCCUUUUCUUUGAAAAGGCAGUGUUUGCAUGAAAAUGCCUGAAGGCAAUGAUUAUACUCACCAGAACUACAUUAAGCUGUAGUAAUUCUGGUGGAUAUAGUUUCCUUUUAAUGACAAGUCCUGCAGAUUUGGUGUGUGCAGGAUUAAACCAGAAAUCAAUGGAUAUCUGGGGCUCCCCUCGGUCAUAUGGAGCGAUUGUUGUCCCGAUUAUGUCUACUUUUGCAAAUUGUUUGCAUUUAUUAAGUAAUAUUAAAUGUGUGCUAACAAAAUGGGCAGUUUAUUAAUUAUUUUCACAAAACACUUGGCAAUCAUAGAUGAAGAGGGUUCAUUUUGUAACUGAGAGAUAUAGUUGAGAGGAAUUUUAUUUUAUUUUUUAUUACAGUAGCACAUAUAAAGCUUACAAAAUAUACCACCAAUUUGUGUAUAGGUGCAUGUAAAAAAACAAAAUAUAAACUCUGAAAGAAAUUGAUGCUUAAAUGGCGGUAUAAGGCUCAAAAUAUACCAUAUGACAUGUCCCUUGCUGUCUACUUUCACAAAUGGUAUGCAUUUAUUGGGUAAUUUUAUCUCCAAAAGGGCAUAAAUGGGUUAAAUCUGUCUUUAAAUUUCACUUUGAAAUGCUGCACAGUGGUGAUGGUGGUUGAAGUAAACCUUUCAUAGAAACUUUAAUGACUAGGUUGCCAUAAUGACUCAUUAUGGUAACAUAAUUUUGCAUAAGAAUGUAUUUGUGAUGAUCUAUGUAGUUGAAAUGAGUUAAAGUAACAACACUUUUUUUUUAUUAUUUUGCAGAUGGGCCCUUUGGUUCUUUAAAAAUGACAAAAGCAAAACUUGGCAGGCUAACCUUCGCCUAAUUUCAAAGUUUGACACUGUUGAAGAUUUUUGGGCGUAAGUAUUUAUUCGGGGCAGGGGUGAAUUUCAUGGUUUUCUCUAGGAGCUGCCAUUCACAUUUUUAAGACCUAUUUUUUGAUUCAUUAUAUACUUUGCACUAGAAGGCAAAGAAGUUUAUUUUAUUUAUUUUGAUAUUUUUAAUAAUAAGGGGGGGGGACCUAUUGUCCUCCCCCAGCCCCCACCAUGAGUGGCAGGUGGGGGCCCUAAAUGAAAAUGGGGGUAAGGGGAACUGCCUAUUGUCCUUCCCGCUGCUCCCACCCAUGGGCGGCAGUGCUUGGAUUCCAAGCCAACCAAUCAAAUUACUUGGAGUCAUUUUACACACCGUGGGAAAAUUCCAAAGAACUUUCCCACGCUGUGUAGUGACUAGCACUCUGGUUGGAUUCCAAGCCAACCAAUUGUGGGAAGGCUUUAUAAGAGUCCUGCGGAGCUCAGUCUGCGUCGUGCCCUUGCCGGGUGAAGAUGGUUUAAUUUUUAGCGUUGGUUUGUUUUAUUUCCGGCGGAUUCCGGGGCUGCUCACUGUUUAGUAGACAUGUCCCUACUUGCGGCAUAGCGAGUAGAGGCAUUUGGGAGAUUUCAUUCUCCCUUAUGAUAUUAUGGGGUUCAUAUUGACCCCCAUAGUGAGGUAGGACAUGGGGGACUUAGGAAGUGGCAGGGAGGGAGCUGCGAUAUUCGAUGUUUGUUUGUUCGUCUGACAUUUCUAUUCAUUCGUCUUGCUGAUAACAAGUAGAUGAAAUUCCUGUUUGCAUGCCCAAGUGUUUAACUGGGCAUGCGCGGGAAUUUCACAGCGCUGUAGAGUGUGGGCAGAUGACUUGUCCCACAGGGACUUCAUUUACCCACACAAAGAUGGGGGCGCCCAGGACCUAGGUCCGGGCAGAAAAUAAAGAUUACAAACUAGGUCAUAUGGGGGGCUUAGGGGCAUUUGGGCGUGACUAGGGGGACAAUUAGAUGUAGUGGAGUUGGGAGGUGGGUUAAAAAAAAAAAAAAAGCCAGAACUAGGAUUCGGCCAUGACCGUGCCGCUUUAUUAUACAAAUAUUUGAUGUAACAUGAAAGCCAUGUUUCUCUUGAACAAAAUUAAAUAUGAAAAGUGUGGGUGCACAUAAUAUGAAAGAGGUGAAUUACGUCUGAACAAACAUAUAGCACAUAUUCAAGGUUUUGUUUUGAUCACAACUUGUACAACUUCCUCAGUCCUCAAGUGGUUAAUUGAAGUUUAAAGUUUCCUUACACACACCUUCCUAGGAAAUUUACUCUCUGUAGGAAUUUUCUCAAUAUAGUUGUAGGAUCUAAAUAAAUAUGUCAUAUGAGGUAUUGAGUCUUGAACUGAAAAGCUUAAAUAUAUUUACAUACCACUAUCUCUCUUGGGCAGUUAUGGGGCUUUUUUUUUUAUUUUUUGUGUGAGUUCCAAAUCCUUCCUUUCAGAAUGUUUGCUGGGGAAAAAAUAACGCAAAAGGGCAGGGUGACAUGCCACAUUUCACUAUCUGUUCUAAAACCUCUGUUCUAAAAUAUGGAACAAUUAAGUGAGCAAGUGAUCUAGAGCUGGCAUUAAAGGGAUCCUAUGGGUACUCAGACAGCUUCCACUUGUUGAAAUGGUCUUUGUGCAUAGUCCCUGUCCCCUUAAUCCUGUGACAAUGACUGAUUAUUAUUUUUUAAUUUUUUUUAAUGAUUUUAUAUACAUUUCCUCAAGUUUUACGAAUUUGGUAUUAAUUGAGGAAUUUAAAGUGAAUUUCACAUUUAAAUGAUAAACCUUACUGUUAUGUAAUUGCUACCAUUCUCCUAUCCCGGGAACUGCUUAUCACACAUCUGCUCAGAGGAGUUGAACUUUAAAAGCCAAGAAAUGUUUUAAUUCCUUGUUUUCUGUGCAAAACAACCUACCCUACCUGUUCUUAAAAUCGUGAACACGGAUUGUCUCCAAAUUUUAUAGUUUAAAAAAGUUUCUGCCUCACACAACUACAUUUGUUACAUAGAAUGCUUUCAGUGUGAUUUUUGCAAUGAAAACUACAUGCACCUAGGUCUUGAGCAUUAUUCAGUGUUUUAAUAAGGCCACACACCCUUUAAUAAAAUUAUAUUUUAGAUCUUUUGGUUCCAUCAUAGUUAAAGAAGCUCUUUAGUAUGAAUCAUAAUUUGUCAAAUUAGCAAUCGUUAAAAGUAUUAUAUAAUAUUGCAUCACAAAGUCCCAUUCCUUUUAUUUCAACUUGUUCUUUUGGUCAGCUGAAGCCUUCUCCAUGAAUUCUAACUCCACCCAAAACCCUGCCCUAUUUGUCUGGAAAGGAAACUGGUCAUCAUAUGGCUUGUCUAUAUUUAUAAAUAUAUCCUUCUCUAAAACUACACAAGUAGCAUUUAUUUCUCUUGUGAGCUAUCUUGAGGCUGUUAUGCACAAACCUUUUAUUUUUCCAUGUAAUAACUCAUUUAUACCUGUUAUGGAAGGGAGCAAUGCAAAUUAUAACUUUUGGUUAUGAAACUUAAUAAAAGGUAAAGUCACCAAACAUGGUCAAGAUGAAGUCUUGUAAUCAAACGUUCACACAGUUUGUGUACAGAAACUUGUAUUCUGUUAUAAAGCCUGUUUUCUGACUAAAAGGCAUGUAAUUGUCAUGCAGAUUACUGCUAAAUACUGUACUCUGUGACAAGUAUGUCCUCUGGGGCUGAACUUACCAUUCGCAAACAGUCUAGUCUAAAAUCGUUGAAUCUGGCUCCUAAACUGCCGAACUAUGUCGCAGUCUGAGGCUUUAAUCGGGAGGCCUCGGAAUUGGAACUGCUGAGGGUGUCAGCAUUUUCAGCCGAUCAGUAGCUUCCCAUUCACAAAACCGCAUGAGAAAAAAAAAAUUUAGGCCUGGAGACGAAGACUGGUAGCUAAGAUAAAUGCAACACUUAUUUUUUUUAUUUAUUUUUUUUUAAACCAAGUUGUGUAAAGGGGUGAGUUGACACUUAUUCGAGUGUUCCACUAAUGUAUGCGGGUGGUUGUUUUCUAUCACUAAUUUUUUAUUUUUUUUUAUACACUAUCUUGCAUGUUGGUCUGUGUGAUGUAUAGUGAAAAUCCACACUAGUGUUGCAUUAGCUCGUUUUUUACUUAAAGCGCCUUUCUUUCUGACUAUUGUAUUUCGGACUGAAAUACAGCACUGAGGCAGUGAAUUUAGCAGAACUGGAACAGAAACUCGGCACCAGAUCAAUAAAAGUGGGGGGUGUACCACACCAGAUAGGACCAAAGGUGCAGCAUGCAUAGAAACCUCAAACAAUCCAGCACAUAGUAGCCCGGUGCAAGAUGUUAGAAGAGACAGUGUACACUGGGAGGCACUACCAGGAUGCGGAGAUGUAUCAAUACCCAGUGACCGUAACAAGAAGGACCAUGGGAAAGUAGAGGAAUACUAUGGUCCAAAUGAGGAGCUAGAAAUGGAAUUGAAAGUCAAGGUAGUAGUUGUCUCAUUUGUGAUUGGAGCACUCUGGGCCCAUAUUAGGAAUGACUUUAGCAGAUUCCAGGUGGGACAUCUGAGAUCUCUGUACAGUUUUAGGAACAUAUGAGAUACUGUGUUGAACCCUCAGGCCCCUGGUAGAGAACCAGGAAUGGACAGGAAUACACACACCAAAAACAAAACCUGAUAGGCGAGCAGUCUCUCUCUCCCUCCCUCCACAUUUGGUGGUAUAUUAUCCCAUGUACCUGCAACUUUUUGGAGAAACACAAGUCUCUGGAUUCUUUGUGUUAAUUCAAAAUCACUGUGUGGUGGCACAUACCUACAGGGAAACUAUAGUGCCUAUGUCCCGCAGCACUGGCUCGAACUCAUACUAAGCUCCUCUCCUGCUGACGUCAGCCGGCAGGGGAGAACUAAUGAGCAUGUGCUGCAAUGACUGCUCUUGCAUUAGAACUUCUCCUAUAGAAGAGCCUUAGACAAUGCUUUCCUAUAGGGGUUCGGGUGACACUGGACAUCCUCAUGCAUAGCGUGAGGAUGUCCAGUGAAUGUUAGGCGACCAAAAGUCCCCAUACGACCUGGAAAUCCCUCUAGUGGCUGUCUAGUAGUCGGCCACUAGAGGUUUAGUUAACCCUUGAUGGUAAUUAUGGCAGUUUCUCAAUAACAAUUACUAUUGCAGGGUUAAGGGACCUGGGAAUAUGCAAUUAGACCACUUCAAUGAGCUGAAGUUGACUGUGUGCUUAUAGUGUCCCUUUAAGUUACUGGAAGCAUACAACCUUCUCCCCUUUUCUGAAAAACACUGACAUGACACCUUAUGACAAAUUACAUUGAGUAAAAGAAUGUUACACAGAUCAAACCAAGCUGUUACUUGUUCUCCUAUCCUUUAUGUUCUAAUAUAUGCAAGUAUUUAGGUAUUUUGUGGCACAUUGUUUUGGUGCAAAGCGUGUCAUCAAUUUAUCAGCUGUAGUGAUUGUCGCUUGGAAAAUAUGGGAGCAAACUCUCACUUUUGACAAACCAUUUGGUAGUGUUACUGUGCUUAGUGCCCAUAUAAGUAAUAUGAUUACAAUCUGUGUAAAGAUUUUGUGAUUUUUGGCUCUUGUUAUUAAACAUGGUCAUCUCUUUGUGCUUUUUUUCUGUUUUUCCAUCCAGCCUAUAUAAUCAUAUCCAGUUGUCUAGUAACCUUAUGUCCGGCUGCGACUAUUCUCUCUUUAAGGCAAGUACUAGUACAAUUGCACAAAUCAUAAAAGCCUAAUUUUAGUCUACUGCUUUUUGAUCUUUUGACAUUUCUUUAUAUUUUUCUACGCAGGAUGGUAUUGAGCCCAUGUGGGAAGAUGAAAAGAAUAAACGUGGAGGAAGAUGGCUAAUUACCCUAACCAAACAGCAAAGAAGAAAUGACUUGGAUCGUUUUUGGUUAGAAACUGUACGUUUGUGCUAAAGAGGAUGAACACUUUCCCUAUAAAGUGUUACUUGUUGUCUUUGUCUACAAUUUGAGUUGCUUUACAAGGAGGACUAAGAAAGUAGAUCAAGAAAGAUUCAUUGAUGCUACUGAUACUAUCCUCCUACAGAAAUUGGUAGAUGAACAGGCCUGUUUGUAAUCAUUACUCAGGUUCUACUAAGUUUACCAACACUUGCCUCUUCAAGGGUUUUUCAACCUAGGUUCCCAUUUUGGGAAUUCUGAUCAGCCUUAUUCUGACUUAAGAACCAUAUCUGUGUACACUUUGAAAAGUUAAUUUGUGUUUAUAUAGUAUAUAGAGCAUGUCUAUUUUUACUUGAGUUAAUUCAGGAAGCCAGCAUUGUAUUGUAGGCUGGGGCUUCUGCUUAAAGUGAUACUGUAGUGCCAGGAAUACAAAUCUGUAUUCCUGGCACUACCGAUCCCUCUGCCUCCACCCUCCUUCGCACCCCUCCUACCUGGUAAAUAAAGGGAUAAAAACCCUUUUAUUUACUUAUCUGAUCAAUGCUUUCCUAUGGGGAAAAUCUGACGCUGGAGGUCCUUAUGCAGAGCGUGAGGACAUCCAGCGUCCGAUAAUGGACCAAAAAAAAAGUUUGGAUUCCGGAAGCCUACUAGUGUCUGUCUGGUAGACAACCACUGAGGGCAGACUUAGUGCUGCAAUUUAAACAUUUCAGCACUAAGUGCAAAAGGGACACCGCACCCAGACCACUUCAAUGAGCUGAAGUGAUAUGGGUGCCUACAGUGUCCCUUUAAGUCAAACCGCUUUGCCCACUUUUCUGUUCACAACCAAGAGUAGUGGUGUCUGGUCAAAAUUACUAGGUUUCUGGUGAUGCACCAGACUGUAAGCUAGUUUGAGCAGGGUACUCAUCUACCACUGUGUAAUUCUUAUUUAUUGUAACAUAUCCCCCUUUCAUAAUAGUGUAAAGCGCUGUGGAAUUAGUUGGCGCUACAUAAAUACCAAUAAUUACCAGUUGUCAAGGUAGUACAUGGUCUUGAUCAAUUUAUGUUUUGGUAGGAUUUUUUUUUUUUUUUUUUUUAAAUGGCCAACCUGAUCCUAAAGCACAGUACUGGCAACUCUUUGGAAACUGUAAAUGUAAUUUGUGUGCAUUAGAGGAGUGAAGGGACACUUCUCAAGUAACAGGGCUGCAACCUGCCUGCUGUUAGAUAGCCGUGAGAGAGCUCUCGCUGAAUUAAUUGUUUCCCAGCAUUAGUAAUGUGGGUAUAGAAUGUUAAUUUCUACAUGGGCACUUGGCCUUGCAUUCUAUUGGCUAGGAGAUAAUCUAUACUGAUGAUCUCCCAGCGGGUGGGUUUGAGCUGCAGUGAGAAGAGCAUCUUGUUGGAUUGGAGUAUGUUUGUUUGUUUAUUUAUUUAAUUUUUUAUUUUUUUGCAUUGGAAGGGUAAAAUGGACCCAGUGGAUUUAGCAUCACUCCAGAGUUAUAAAUAAAUGCAUUUUAUAACACUGCAAUGUUACUUUAAAGCAGUCUCUGUCCCUUGUUUUAAAGGUGUAACAUAUUUAUGAUGGUAUUUUAUUCAUUUUUUAACUUUUGUUUUGUCAGACAUAGUUUGUUGCAAAAUUGGAAGUGCUUUAGACUAGGUUUUUUGCCUUCUUUUGGAUCAACAGCAAAAAACAUAUGUGAGGAAGGCUGAACUUGAUGGACGCAAGUCUCUUUUCAGCUAUGUAACUAUGUAAUAUCCAAAUUGUGUUUGGUUUUUACAGCUCAUGUGCCUUAUCGGAGAAUCCUUUGAUGAAUACAGUGAAGAUAUAUGUGGAGCUGUUGUAAAUGUUAGAGCAAAAGGAGAUAAAAUAGCAAUCUGGACUACUGAAUGUGAAAACAGGGAUGCUGUUACACAUAUAGGGUGAGUUAAUUCUGUUAAUAUUCUCUAAACAUUUGAUGCCAAUAGUAUGCUAUAUUUGCACAUGCUUACAAAUAUAUUUGAAUAUUUUAAAGCAGCAUGUUCACUACAUUUUAGUGACCAUGACGCUUUAUAUAUUUUUCGGAUCAGUGACUCGAUGAAUAGCUCAUAGCUGCUCACUGUGAACAACAUAUUGGAGUGAAACUCAAAUAGCAAAAUAAUUGUAAAAAUUCUCUAACUUGCUACAGCUUGACAUAAAUUUAUAAUCAUUUAUACUUCUGUGAGGGUCCUUGGAGAAUAGCUGCCUAUUGUAUCAAGACUUGUUUUUCUUAAAAUUCCUUGAUAUAACCACUAUUAUGAAUUCUUGCUAUGAAUACUCUUGCUAAGUAUGCACUGUCAGCACCUCUAUAAAAUUGUCAUCAAAAUGUUAUAAUGGAGUAAACCUGUUUUGAGAGAAAUAUCACUGUUCAUAGGUCAUUCUGUGGCUUUGCAAAUCUUAUAAUAUUCUGUUUACUUGUUUCUUUUAAAACAUGUCUGUCUACACAUAUAUCAUGUGGGUUUUUAUUUUAUUUUUAUUUUUUUAUAUACAGGAGGGUUUACAAGGAAAGAUUAGGACUUCCUCCCAAAGUAGUCCUUGGUUAUCAGUCCCAUGCAGACACAGCUACUAAAAGCGGCUCCACCACUAAAAACAGAUUUGUUGUUUGAGAAGACGCCUUCUGAGUAUUGUUUCAUAGGAGACUGCGUCAAGCAAUCGCGACUUGGGAGCUGUACCAAAGCCUCUACAAAAGCAGAGUGGACUGCAUUUAAAUUUGAUUUCCACCUAAAUAUUGCUAAGAUUUGUGAAAAGUCAUUCGCCUUUUUGUCUUGUGCUAUGUUCAAAACCCCCUAUCCCUUUUUGUUUUGGUUAUUUUUAUUUUUUCCUACAAUUAAGUUAUCUAAUCAAAACAUUUCAGCAAGCAAAUACUUUCCCUUUCAGUAUCCUCAAUUGCUGCCCAAGUUAUCUCUGUAAUAGAAUCUUUAGUUUUCGAACUAUUACAGAAAUAUUUAUCCAGAUUGUGCUCUCGCAUCACCCGCAAGAAAAGGAAUCUUUAUAUUUGCAUUGUAUGCAGUUACAAUAGUUUGCUGAUUUGCAAGGCGGAGGAUUAAAAUGCAUUCAAACUUCUAUAGCGAUUCAUGGUUUGUUUUAAUUUUUUUUUAAUUUUUUUUCUUAACAGCAUUGUUCUUGCUGUAUUUUGUGCUGAUGGCUGCUAGGUUUAAUUUAUUUGUUUCCCUUCUUGAUAACAUUAGUGAUAUGAUUUAUUUUUAAAAAAAAUUUUUUUUUUUUUUUUUAAAAGCUUAUGUAACUGGUGAUGGAUCGGGGGGGAAAACAAAUGGGCUAAAUAAAAGUGUUAAUAUUGUGUGUUUAGAAACAUUCUUUUUAUAUAUAUUUUUUUGUAUGACAUUACAAAGCCUUGUUGCAAGUUUACGCGUUUCAGUGAAAUCCAUGACCUCUGUGAUUUCUUAACAUAAUGUGGAUUUUUUUUUUUUUUUAUGCAAACUAUAACAUUCCUUACUAGAAAUAGAAUGUCUUUUUGCAUUUUUUUUCUUUGGAUUUCUUUUCCUGGGGUGGGGGGGUUUCUCAUAUGGUGUAUUUUAACACAUUUGUAUUUAGACUAUUUUGCUUUGGUUAUAUAAAAAAAAAGGCUCACAUAGCAAAGCAGUCACUAUUCAUCUUAAGACAGUGUACAAAACUGUAAAUAAAAUGUGUACAGUGAAUUGUCUUUUAGAUAACUAGAUUUGUCAUUUUUUCCUCCCUGCCAGAGGAAUGGUUCUUCUUCCUCAAGUAUGGUAACUUUCUACCAGGAUGCAAUAUAAGAUUUGUAAAAAAAAAAAAAAACAUUGUAUGCAUAAUGAAUUUGGCACACUGUAUCUUCUACAAUGCCUGGUAUAAGGUACCUUCUGAAAAUGGUAUUGCUGUUUUGUAUCAACUUAUUCCAGAGGUAAUUGAUAAUCACACUGCUUAAUGUAGCAUACAUUUAACUUUUCUGUUUGUGUACAUGUUAUAGAUAUGAUGGUAGGGCAAUAGAUCCAGUCUAGUUACCCUAAAAGAGGAAUUGUUCAUCUUCAAGUAAGACCAGGUAUUUGCGGCAGAGACAAAAUGGGGCUGUGGAGAGAGAGGCACACAGAAGGAUAGGGAGUCACAAAUCGAUACAGUGCGGUUGGGGAAUGUGGUAAAAGACAAAGGCUUUAACUAAACAUAUUAGAUUUAGGGACAUACUAAUCACGGUAUCUGUAUCCAUUUUAUACGUCAAUUCAGGAUAUCUGUUCUCCAAGACCAUAGUUGAAACAAACACAGAUCUGGGCUUUAGCACAAAUAUGUUUCACCCUUAAAAAGUUCUAAUGAAGGUUCUCUAGUACACUGCAUUGUGAGGGUGCUACAGUAUAUGGAACUUACACUAUCAUUUAGUAAAUACACAUGGAAAGCUUGCGUAAGACACAGGUGCAGGAACAUAAUAAAAGCAUUCACACAGUGACUGUUAAAAAAAAUUGCAUGGAGUGUACAGGAUUCUGCUUUACUCUGCAGAAAAAAAAAGUUAUAUCAAAAAGUGCGAUUUUAAACCGUUAAUUUGACAAAGUGUGAAUUGCUAAAAUAACAAAUGUUUUGGCACACCAAACUAUUUUUGUGUGUGCAACUUCCUUAAGCUCUGUGUUUACACUUGUCUAUUUGCUGUUUGACAUUGUCCUUGAUUUUGAAGAUAACUGGUUAAAAAUGUAACUAUCAAGAACUGACUUUCUUUUUCAGAAUAACUACAUAUGAUGCUCCUGAUUAACAGAAACUUUUCUGAUUGCUCUGCUUUUUUUGUCACUGUGGGCCAAUGUCUAAUCUGAAAUUAUUUAGUGUGGUUUUUUUUAUGAAAUAGUAAUGCAAUUUUCAAGAUUUUAUUUUUUUAAUUUUAUUUAUAUCAGUUAAGUGUACACAUUUUUCACUGUUAAGAUACAUGUAAAUUAUUAACACUACAUCUUCCAACACCUUGACUAGCAGCAUUUAAAAAAAAAAAAAAAAAAAAAUUUUUUAAAGGUAUGUGGAAGAGUAUAUCUUUAAUCUUUACUUUGCAGAUGUCAGGAGCUAUAUUAAAAUGCACGAGUCUUGAAAAUGAGCCCUUCAUUAAACUCUUAUUAGAAAAUUGGGUCAAAUUUGUCAACUAGUGGAAUCAACCUUUUUUUGUUUUUUAAGAUUGUAUUUAUUUUGAGUCUUUCAAUUUAAAUUAUUUAACCUUAAAGGGAUACUAAAAGCAUUUAAAAAUAAAAAAAGGGUUAGGAACACAAACAUGUAUUCCUGACCCUAUAGUGUUAAAACCACCAUCUAGGCUCCUUUGGUCCCUCAUGCCUCCAUAAAUAUAGCAAAAUCGUACUGUAUUAAAGCCUGAAGCUGUAGGUCUGCACGCUGUUUGCCUCAGAAAAACAAGCAGUCUGCUGACAUCAUCAGAAGUGGUGGCCUGACCCAAUCACAAUGUUUCACCAUAGGAUUGGUUGAGACUGACAAAGAGGCAGAGCCAGUACAAUUCAAACACAGCCCUGGCCAAUCAGCAUCUCCUCAUAGAGAUGAAUUGAAUCAAUGAAUCUUUGAGGAAAGUUCAGUGUCUGCAUGCAGAGAGAGGAGAUACUGAAUGUUUGGAUGCAUUUUAGGGGCCAUGACCCAGGAAGGAUCUCUAACAGCCAUCUGAGGAGUGGCCAGUGAAGUUAUCACUAGGCUGUAAUGUAAACACUGCUUUUUCUCUGAAAGACAUUGUUUACAGCAAAAAGCCUAAAGGUAAGGAUUCUACUCACCUGACCAAAUUCAAUAAGCUGUAGUUGUUCUGGUGACUAUAGUGUCCCUUUAAGCUUAAAGGGACAGUAUAGGCACCCAGACCAAUUAAUCUUAAUAGGUGCAACCCCCCCCCCUUUUUUGAACCCUGCAGUUGAAAACAUGUUUGGUAGCAGUUGCAAUGUUUUUUCCUCAGGGUUAACCUGCCUCAAGUGGCUGCCGAUAUGACAACCACUAAGGCCACUUACAUAAAAUUGAUUAAAAUGAUUUGUCAGAUCUGAUUGGUGCAGUGUUUUUGCACAUGCACAUUACUAUCCCAGCACUUUCCUACAAUGAUCUUUGCCAAAGAGGUGAUACUUACACGAGGAAACUGGUGCUGCACGGGAGUAGUGGUGAGUUAACUCCCUUUUAACACGGUCAGCGCUGGUCUGGUCACCUAAACAGUAAAUAGGGCACUAUAGCAUUAUGAAUACAUAUUUGUAUUCAUGCUAAAGAUACGUGGUGUAUUCUAUGUAAAAUAUAAAGAUUUACUCACUUUUCCUCUGUUCCAGCACUGCUUUGUGGGUGUUAUUCUUAGUUUGCCCUCUACAUUGGCUCCUCUUCGUCUUUUUUUUUUAAAUUUGGCUUUUUUUUUUUUUUAAGCGCUUCCCCAUGCAGGGUGAUCAAAUCUAGUCAGUGACUUCUGCACGCUGGCUUUAUUGCUGGCCUCAGAACGAAGUGGCGUCAUGUAUUUCUGUUACUAUAUCUUGUGGUCAGUGCUAGGGAGUAGAGGUACCACCUCCUGUGGGAGGUCUAUUCUGCUAGUCUCGACAGCUGGGAUAAAAAGCAAAGCAACAUGGGAAUUGUAGAUCUGCAAUUGCUGAAUCUUUGGUCAUACUUGACUUUUGUUCAUAUGACAAGUAUUGCCUUCUGUUAAAGGAAUACAAACAUAAGCUGUGGGGUUUUGGUGGCUACACAAAUUUAAAGAGCGCUUUCUUUGCUAGUGAUGUUUAUCACUCGUCUAGAACAAAGAUGACACCCCAACAGGUUGACCCUUGUUUUGUCUUUAAAAUUAGUAGAGUUUUGGUUAAGGCCCACUUUAUUAGACCAUGUCACUGUGUCUGAGUGAAUGACCUUUGGCAUCCUGCAGAUAAAGCACGAGACUCCUGUCAAUGUAACAAAAUUGCAUUUGUCUCAACAAUGGUGAUCUAAUUUUCAUAUUUGAUUCUAUUACAGAUGGAAAAAAAAAUACCAACAAUAUAAUUACUUGAGAUAAGACUGCUACACUGGUUUGAACUUUAUAAAAAAAAAAAAUUUUUUUUUACUUUUGUUUAGGUUCCCAAAUGAAUAAAAGCCUUUUUUCACAUUGUUUUUUGAAUGUUUAUAGAUAUAUAUUUUUAAUUCUCCUAUAUGUAAGUGACAGAUUAUUGCAUGUUUGGUACAUAAUGUAUCCUUAUUUAACAUACACUGGCCAAAAUAUGUGGGUACCAAAGUUACACUAUUCCUUUACUAAAUUAAUGCAUUAUGCCAAGAUGUUACAGUUACAGGAAAAACAUCUCUAUAUUAUUCUAAAUUCCUUAUUAAAGAGACAUGAGGAAAGAGCAAGACAACAAAUAUAGGGAUUAUCCCUGGAAAUCGUGGAUUGGCUGGCCAGCAUAUUUCAGCUGGCACUUGUUUUAUUCAAUUUAUCUUUAUAAAAUAUAUUUUUUGUGCAAAAAUGUAUCCUGUGGAACACUGCGUACCUAAUAUAAAUUACACCUGCCUAAAUGUUUGUGAAAUACAUUUUUCGGGGUACCUGAUCUGCAUGUAACACGUGUUGGAUAACUCAGAUGUGUUUUUAAAAGAGCCCAGUACACUCACAACACUGUAUGUUGGAUAUCCUUCUCAAGGAAUAUACUUUGGAUAUCUUAUUUAUGAUGCCAAGUCUUGUUUCUUUUGACAAUGUUACCAGUCAUGAGUUUUUUGGAAGAUUACUUUUUUGAAACUUGAUUAUUCAUCUAUGAACUAAUAAAAAAAAAUU